UUUAUUAAUUCCUUCAAUAAUUUUUGGUAAAAUAUCAGUCCAAUUAAGUUUGUGAUUUUGCGAGAAAUAUCGGUAAAGUCUUUGUUUUAAGUUUCUAAUAGCCCUUUCUGCUAGCGAUGCCUUUACUGUAGAAUGAGUUGCUUCAUAUUUUGAUAUUUCUUCUUUUUCAAAAUAUUCUUUUAGUAACCGAUUUUUAAAUUCAGUCCCUUUGUCAGAAAAUAUCCUGUGGGGUUUCAUAGGCAUUUGAGUAAUAAGAUUACGAAAAGCUUCCAACAUGUCUUCUGAUUUCUUUGAUUUUAAAGGGGUAGUGAAGACUCGUUUGGACAAGACAUCUAUUCCCAAAAGUAUAUAUCGAUUGCCUUUAUUAUGCCUAGAAAGAGACUGCAUAUCAGCUAAGUCUACUUGUACAUCUGUCAUAAACCCUGCUGCAAUAGUUUUACUUCUUUUAAAGUUCACCCUCUUUUGGCGCAUAAGGGUAUAG